AUGAGGAAGUGCCCGCCGAGCGGCGUGCUGCACAAGCAGGCGCUCUGGGAGGACGAGUGGCGGCCCGCGCUGCGCGCCUGGGGCGCUGCGGGCAAGCCGCAGUUCUUCGUCAAGUUCGCCGUGCCCAAGGCCGGCGGCGGCUGGUUCGUGAGCUGGAGCGACAACACGACCUGCGAGAUGGACGACGACGAGGUCCGCGACGAUCCGCUCGCGAUGGACGCGCACGCGGCGGCGGCCGCGGGCGACGCGGCGCGCCGCGAGCGCGAGGCCGAGGCCCGCGAGGUCGCGCGCGCCGCCGAGGCCGCGCGCGCCGCCGAGGUCGAGCGCGAGAAGGCCGCCGAGGCCAAGGCGCGGCAGGCGGAGCUCCGGGAGCGCGCGCGCGAGGAGCGCGACGCUGAGCGCGAGCGGAAAUUGGUCGAGGCGCAGCAGAAGCAGCUCCGCGCCGCGCGCGAGCUCGAGGAGAAGCGCGCGCGCGAGGCCGCGGAGCGCGAGCGGCGCGAGGCCGCCGCGCGCGCCGCGGCGCCGCGCUUCUACGACGCCGAGGACGUCGAGGGUUUGAUGCCGUCGUACGGCAAGCUCGCGGACGCGGGCGCCCACGCGGACCUCUUCGCCAAGGAGCUCGGCAAGCUCCGCGCCACCGUGUCCGUCACGAAGGCCGGCGUCGCCCACGGCUACGGCGUCGUCGCGCGGCGGCGCCUCGAGCCGGGCGAGUACCUCGUCGAUCCCACGGCGAUCUACUGCCCGGGCCGGCCCGACGAGCACCAGUCGCGCGGCAAGAAGUCCGAGGCCUACAUCCUCAACAACGGCGGCUACUGGCGCAUCCACUGGUUCCAGUACGACGACGUCCUCCGGAGCUCGGCGACGUACUGGCUCAACGAGGCGCGCGGCGGCGCGAAGCCGAACGUGACCUGGGGCAGCCACCCGAACGGCCACCGCAACGUCAUGCGCUGGCGCGUGCUCCGCCCCGUGAAGAAGGGCGAGGAGCUCUUCGUGUCCUACAACGCGGGCGAGUCCUUCGACGACGACGACGACGACGGCGCCGCGGACGACGCCGCCGACGCGGAGGCGGCCGGCGAGUGGCGCGCCAAGGGGCCCUACGUCGGCAUGUGGGUCACGCGGUCCGCGGAGCACGCCGGCAAGGAGAUCCACUGCGUCGCGCGCAUCGAGGGCUUUUUGCCCGAGUCGGAGUCCGACUACGUCAACGCGCGCGGCGAGCCGUCGCCGCUCUGGCGCGCGGUCUACGUCGACGGCGUCCUCGCGGGCGACCACCAGGACCUCGAGGAGUACGAGAUCCUCGAGUCCGCGCCGCGCCGCGACCGGCCCGUGCUCCUGGACGCGCCCGCGCCGUGGCGCUUCGCGCCGCCCGGCGCCGCCGAGGCGCCGCGCGCGGCCAAGCCCAAGAAGGCGGCGGCGUCCAAGGCCAAGGCGCCCGCGCAGAAGGCGGCGCCCGUGAGCAUGUCGCACCUCAAGGCGGUGAAGCGGGUGCCGCAAGCCGGUCAGGCUUAUUCCAGCCAGUACGUUGGCAUUGGCAAGUGCGAUCCAGGACUUCACGAAGAAACACCAUGGCGCGCACAAAUUUAUGCCCCGAGCCAAGAAAUUAUUGGCUACUUCGCGACGGAGAUGGAAGCGGUCCGGGCCUACGACGCGCGAGCGCGCGAAUUGGGCAAGCCGAUGAACUUUCCGGACGAGGUUCCGGCGGAGGCUUCAGUGGAGACCGACGCGUCCGACGACGCCGAGGAUAGGCCGGCGGAGCUGGGCGCUGUAGUGGAGACCGACGCGUCCGACGACGCGUCCCAGGUCUCCGAGGGCCCGCCGAAAAGCCAGUACGUGGGCGUUACUGCGAAUUCACAGGGCCACGGCUCUACUGGUAUUAGCUCUGUGAAUCCCUGGCGCGCCCAGAACAACAAAGAUGGCAAUAUUGGCGUCUUCCCCACCGAGGAGGAAGCCGCGCGGGCCUACGACGCGCGCGCGCGGCGUCUCGGCCGACCCGUCAAUUUCCCCAAGAAGGGCGAGACGCAAGCGGUGAAAGUGCGGCGCGGCGUGGCGCAGCCGAAGCGGCCGCGCGCCGCCCCCGCGAAGGCGGACGGCGCGGCGCCGGCGCGCGGCUCGGCGAGCUCGGGCCGCGCGGCCGCCGCGGCGCCGGCGCCGCUCGCGGCCGCCGCGGCGCCGGCGCCGCUCGCGGUCCUCGACCGCGUCGUCGCGCCCUUCGGGGGCCGGGGCCACCACGGCGGCGUCGUCGUCGCGGCGGACGGCGCGCGCGUCGACGUCCACUUUGACGACGGCGAUUUCGAGGCGGGCAUCGACGCGCGGCGCGUCGCGAAGCGGGAGCCGCGGCGCCGCGCGCGCGCGGCCGCGGCCUGCGCCAUCGCCGCCGGCGACCGCGUCGCGACGCGCGACGCGCCGGACCGGGCCCUCGUCGUCGUCGCCUUCGACGCGGCGCUCGCCGUCGCGGCGCCGCCGGACGCGCCGCGCGACCGCCGCGCCUACGCGCGGGACCUGCUCCUGCGGCCGCGCGUCGUCCUCGACGCCGGCGUCGCCGCCGCCGCGCGCGAGCUGCUCGCCGUCGCGGAGGCGCACGGCCUGAGCGCGAAGCUGGAGGCGGCGCUCCGGCGCCAGGGCUGGCACUGCGGGGCCUGGCACGGCUCCUACUUCGGCUCGCGGCCGCCGGCGCACUGGCCGCCGCUCUCGCUCCUCGCGUCGGGCAUCAACAGCAAGAACCCGAUGGUGCGGUCCAUCGGCGCGAUGCGCGCGUACCUCGCGCUCGCGUCGUCGGACGCGCCCGCGUCGCCGGCCGCGGCCGACGACGGCGACGAGCCGGUCGCGCCCGUGAGCGCCGACAGCGCCGACGACGACGCGUCGCCGCGGCCGCGGAAGCGGCCGCUCUUCGCGCUCGCGCCGCCCGCGGUGUCGCCGCGGUCCGCGCCGAAGCGCGCGCUCGCGGACAUCGACGCCAUCGUCGCGAGCGGCUGCCCGCUCCUCAACCCGGCGAGCAAGCGGCGCUUCAAGCCGACGAACUAA